AUGGCAGUAGGUACGUAUGGGGCAACGGGCGUGGGUGCGAGACGAGUUGGAGAGCAGGUUCUAGUGCGCCGACAGGCGCAUGUGCUGUUGGCGCUGUGCAAGUGGCCGCUACCUGCCGUUGCCGGACCUGCCUCCGGAACCACCUCCAGGCCUACUGCAGACCUACUACUGCCAAGCCUGUUUGAUGGCGUCCGUAAAGUUGAGCCCCAUCCGUCUCCCCAUCCUGCUGCUGCUGCUGCUCCUCCUCGCAGUGUUGUGCUCUGCGGUGAUGUGCUGUGCAGUGAUGUGCUGUGGUGUGAUGUGCUGUGCGGUAAUGUGCUGUGCGGUGAUGUGCUGUGUUGUGCGGUGAUGUGCUGUGCGGUGUUGUGCUGUGCGGUGUUGUGUCGUGUGGUGUUGUGCUGUGCGGUAAUGUGCUGUGUGGUGUCGUGCUCCUAUCCAUGCACUCGCCUCUCCCCUGCCCCGCGUGCCCGGGUCCCUGCAGUGUUCCAAUGGAAUUACUGGCGGCGCAAGCACAACGUGGUGGCUAUUGGCUCCGUGGGCUAUGAGCUGUGUUACUUCUAUGGCACACCGAGUGAGGCGGUCAAGGUGUUGGCCAAGGAGGCGCAUCAGGGCACGCCUUUGAAGCGUCUCCAGUGGUGUAGGCCGCGUGAUUGGGGAGGAGCAGAGCAGAGGACAGUCUGGUCUGGUGGCAAUCACCACCUCCCCUCCCCUCCCCCUCUCCUUCCCCUUCCCAUCACUCCCCAUCCCACCUCCCUUCUCUCCCCUUCCCCCACCACCAUCCCCUUUCAUCCCAACCCACCCUCCUCUCCACCUCCACUCCACUCCCCCCUCCCCACACGCCCCAUGCCGCCUCCAAAAAAUGAGUACACAGCCGCGUAA